CAAAAUUGCAACCUUCUCACACAUCACUUUAUUCAUUAAUAGGAAAAGAGUCUCACGUGUGAUGCUUGGGCCACUCUACAACCACACAAUGGACACCCCUGCCAUGUUCCUCCUCGCAGGAAUUCCAGGAUUGCAGUCUUCACAUCUCUGGCUGGCUAUCUCACUGGGUGCCAUGUACACCAUAGCCCUGAUAGGAAACACCCUCGUCAUGACUGUAAUCUGGAUGGAUUCCACUCUACAAGAGCCCAUGUAUUGCUUCCUAUGUGUUCUGGCUGCCGUGGACAUCAUUAUGGUCUCGUCUGUGGUACCCAAGAUGGUGAGCAUCUUCUACUCAGGAGAUAGCUCCAUAAGCUUUAAUGCUUGUUUCAUUCAGAUGUAUUUUGUCCAUACAGCCACAGCUGUGGAGACGGGGAUGCUGCUUGCCAUGGCUUUUGACCGCUAUGUUGCCAUCUGCAAACCCCUACAUUAUAAGAGAAUUCUCACACCCCAAGUGAUGCUGGCAAUGAGUAUAACCAUUUCUAUAAGAGCAGUGACAUUCAUGACACCGCUGAGUUGGAUGGUGAGUCAUCUACCUUUCUGUGGCUCCAAUGUGGUUCUCCACUCCUACUGUGAGCACAUAGCUGUGGCCAAGUUAGCGUGUGUUGACUCCAUGCCCAGCAGUCUCUACAGUUUGGUUGGUUCCUCCAUCAUUGUGGGCUCUGACAUGGUCUUCAUUGCUGCCUCCUACAUCUUGAUUCUCAAGGCAGUAUUUGGUCUUUCCUCAAAGAAUUCUCAGUUGAAGGCAUUAAGCACAUGUGGCUCCCACGUGGGAGUCAUGGCUCUGUACUAUCUGCCUGGCAUGGCAUCCAUCUAUGUAGCCUGGUUUGGGAAGGACGCAGUGCCCUUGCACACACAGGUGCUAUUAGCUGACUUGUACCUGGUCAUCCCACCCACUUUAAAUCCCAUCAUCUAUGGCAUGAGGACCACACAAGUGCGGGAGAGAACAUGGGGCUUGCUGACACGCUGGCUCUUUGGCUGCUCCAUCCUGGGUUCAUGCACACAAUCUCUGUCCAAACCUGGAUCAUUCUUGCCAACUUCCAAGAUGCCUUAG